AAGUUUAUAUCGAAUUACCAAUCAUAAAUAGGAUAUAUAUUUGGAUCGAUGAUCAUUAUCCCUUAUUUUUGAUAGAAAUAUAAGGGAAAAGAGAAGAGGGGAGGGGAGGGAAGGGAUUAAUGUAUAUCCAUAUUCUCAUAGUUUCUUUGACUAUGUAACUUAUUUCAAAACUAAGUUGUUAUAUUGUAUGUUGUAUAAUUAAGUCUAUUUUAAUCGAUAAAUAGAAAAAUGUUAGUAAAUAAAAACCAUCUGUUUUAUAAUUUAGUAGUAUUUCUCUUUUGCUCUCUAUCACUUUUUUUUUUUAAAAAGAAUAAUUAAAUCACUAAACAUGCCUGAAGAAACAGAAGUUAACAAUGGGAUAACAGAGAAUAAAACUGUUGAAACAACAGAAUUAAUAAAGGAAAAUGUGAUUGUUUCAGAGAAAGAAAUUAAAACUUAUAAAUGUGUAACUCUUGGAGCAUUUGGUGGUUCAAAACAUAUUAGAAUAGAUAUGAAUGAAGUGAAAUCAGUAGGGAAAAAUGAAGUUGCUAUUGAUGUACAAGCAUGCGGUAUCAACUUUCUUGAUAUAAUGACAAGACAAGGUCUUAUUGAUCAAGCAAUGAAACCUCCAUUCAUUUUGGGAUCUGAAUGUACUGGAAUUAUUAGUGAAGUCGGUGAAAAAGUAACAUCUUAUAAGGUUGGUGAUCCAGUUAUAGUUCUACUUGAUAAUGGUGCUUGGAGUGAACGUCUUGUAUUACCAAUUAUAGAAAAAGCUAAUACUAAUCAAACAAAUUCAACAACACAAUCUGGAGAUGUUGAAUGUACGGAAUCAAAUGAAUUUGGAAAGAUCAAGUCAAUUAUACUACCAAGACCAAAAACAUUAGAUGUUAAUAGAGCUGCAAUUAUUAGCUUUGCUUAUAUUCCAGCUUAUAUAUUAACCUAUCAUAUACUUAAUGUUCAUUCUGGUGAUGUAGUUUUGAUAUUUUCAGCUGGCGGUGGAGUAGGAACUGCUUUAGGACAAUUAAUGAAACUUAUACCAAAUGUAACUUUAAUUGGUAUUGCCUCUAAGGCAAAACAUGAAAAGUUGACAAAAAUCUAUGAUAUACUGUUAGAACCUGAUCAAGAUUGUGUAACAGAAAUUAAAAAACUUUAUCCUAAUGGAAUUGAUGCAAUUUUGGAUUGUAUAAGUGGACCAGAUACAAAUAAAUUGUAUGGUAUAUUAAAACCAUUAGGAAAGCAUGUCAUUUAUGGUAUGUCAAACUUAGUCACUGGAGACAGGAAAAACUUUUUAAACUUAGCAAAACAUUGGUUUCAUAUAGAACGUAUUAAUCCGUUGAAAUUACACGAUGAAAAUUUACUGUUAGGUGGAUUUUCAUUAAAAUCACUUCUCUUCUCUCGUGAUCCUAAUCAAACAGAAACGAAUAAAUUAAUUAUUGACGUAUGGAAUGAAUUAACAAAAUUAAUCGAUAGUCAAAAAAUUGAUCCAAUAGUUGAUAGUCAGUGGUAUUUAGAUGAGACUAAAGAGGCUAUGAUGCGUUUACAAGAAAGGAAGAAUAUCGGUAAAGUUGUUUUAAUCCCUAAACUGAAGGAAAAAGAUGCUGAAGAAGCGGUUGAAAAUACUGAGAAGCCGACAACAGAUGAAACAUCAACAAAUUCAACAGCUAAAUAGUCAGUUUCUUAUGAAUUACUACAUAAACAAAAAAAACAGACUGCUUGAUUUAUUAUUUGUUUUGUCUUCCUGUCAUAACUUGUGUUGCCAUUUAUGUGAUGUUUGUUUUAAUGAUCACUUCAUCAGAAGAUAAACUCCAUAUUUCAACAACAACAACAAAGAAGAGGAAGAACAAAUAAAUGUGACUAAUGAAUGUUCCAUAGAGAUGAAGUUUUCAUAAAGUCAUUUCCACUUAUCUUUUCAUCUUUUUUUGUUUGUUGAUAUAUGUUGUGAAGAGCUAUUAGUUGAUACCAGCAUAUAAACAACAUUUUUAUCGCAUGUCAACAUAUGAUUUUUCUAUUGAAAACUAUUCAUUUUGUGUUUUGUUCUGGUUCCGCUUUUUUUUGUUUUUUUUUUGUUUUGAAUAAACAAAAAUAUCGAUUUGUCAUUUUCAAUGUUCAAUGUGAUGUGAUAUUAGUCAUUUUGUUGUUUUUCAUCGGUUUUCUUUUUUCUUUUCUUUUUUUUCUAUUUUUAUUUUCAUUGAUUUAUUUGUUUAAAUUGGGUUAUAUUUGUUGAUUAAUAAUGGAAAUGAAAUUUUUGUGUUUGUUUAUUUGUUUUGUUUGUUUUUGGUUUUACAUUUACUUUAUAGUCAAUAUCACUAUCGUUAUUAUUGUUAUCAUUAAAAUGAAUGUUAUAAUGUUACAGAUUUUCUAGAUAACUACAUUCUUAUAUGUGACUGUUCCAUUGAAACUAGUAUCCUCUUGUUAAGUACAAUCAUGAAACUAAUAGUUUCUAAGUAAAAACAAAUGAAUAUGUGCUAUGACUGAUAUAAAUCGAGUUUGAUUUAAUUUGAUGUAAGUAAUGAGAAGAAGAACUUUUGAAU